UUUCUGCUAUUUCCUCAUUGAGAUAUUUUGUUGUCCGUGUUGCCACCAUUUACUAUUCUUUAGAAAUAAUGACACUCAUUAUCCUUCAUUUAUUUCAUAAGUUUAAUGUUGUUUUGGCACUGUCACAGUCUUUGAAGUUGAGUUGCAGAACAAAUGUAUUAAAACAGACAGCAAAGUUGACAUAUUUUGGAACUAUAAAGUUAUUAAUGCUAUGUAAUAAAAGGCUACGGUUAUACAGUACUACAUUUUUCCACUAAACGUACAUUACAAUGAGAGCAAUUAAUUAGAAGUCAGCAAGAGACAUGAUUGAAUUGUUUAAAAUUUUCUUGAUAUUUACACAUCCUUGCUGACAUUUCAAUUAUAAUUUUUCAACAUAUCAUAUCAUACAUAUAUUAGAGAUGCUCGAUAAUUUUUGCAUUAAAAUGAGAUAUCGGCUCGUAUCGGAUGCGUUUUUUUUCUGCCAAUAAUGAUAUCGGCUCACAAGUGACCUCAUCAAACUGUACUGUGUGCCACACAGCAACAAGCUCAGUAUGUCUGCGGUGUGCAAUUAUUUCCACGUUUCGCUUGGGAUUGUAAAUAUGCAAUUUGCAAUGACUGUGAAGUGUCACGUUUUGCUCGUUUUGUGUCAUGUCGCUCCAUCAAAAAUGAAAAAAUGACUAAUGAGAAACCGGUAUCGCUGCGUGCGUUUUCCAGCGACUGCAAAGCAGCUGCACAUCGCACCAGAAAACCAAAGUAAGAUCACAAAACAGGAAACAACGUGAAUACUAAGGAAAAGUCCAACAUGACAUAUAGUCCUGGUUAUGCAUGGGGAGGAGUAAGGCGUCUUACUUCAUUGUUUUGGCACUUUUUUAAUUAUUAUUAUUUAUUAUUAUAUUAUUUUUUUUUAUAUUAUAUAUUUUUUUAUAACCAAUAUCGAGCAUCUUUAAUAUAUAGUGUAAAUCAUUUAAUUGAGUAAUUCAAAUAGUGUCCGUUACUAAAUUGUGCUGCUUGUUAAAGUCAGAUGUUGGUGUCAUCAUGACAGGUUUACAUUCAAUCUCUCAUUGUUCUACAGUAGCAGGAAUAUAAUAUUGUUGUAUAGCCAAUAAUAGUUAGUUAAACCCUAUUCUUAUGAACGCUACAUGAAUAAAUUUAGGAAUAAACUAAACUUUUACCGUUUGUAACAUGACAGUAAUUUGCCUCUCAUGUCUCUUGCAUCAUCAUUGGCACCUUGCACAAGCUCCACCUCAGGCUUGAUUGGAGUUUUUUCUAACUUGUAAAGGUUUUUUCUUCUCCGUGAGGUCACCAGAGUCUGGGUAACUCCCUCUGCCCCUCAGUGGCAUCCUCUGCCCUGGUGCCAAUCUCCCCUCUGCAACACACACGCACUCCAAAAAAACGAACAAAGCAAUUGAGAGGGAGUGAGUGUUGAAACCAGAGCCAGUGAUAACAAUCAGGAGCUCAACCUCUGACCUGUCAUCAGGUGGGAGCUGUCUGCUAUGACCACCAACAGCAACAUCAGCAGGCCCAUCUUCUCCUCACAUGGCUGAAAGGAACAGAAUUUAUUUUUCAGAUCCAUUGCUGAUGGAGGGACUUUUUUGUCAAAGAUGGAUCUGUGGUGGAUUUAUUCUAUUUUUCCAAAAUGUCCUGCAUAGGAGAUUUUGGACUCAGUGGGCUUUCUCAUGCUCAGGAUGUUUCACAAGAGGAAAAAAAUGGCUGACACCUGCUCAAUUUUUAUCUUCUUUUUUUGUCUCUAGAAAUCCAAUCAGCCUAUGAUAAUCAUGGACUUUGAACCCUAAGCACAGGAGGAAUUAAACAAAAAAAAAAAGACCACGAGAGCUAACACUGAGAGACAAAUCAUAACACAAUCUCAACAUUAAGAGACUUAAAGGGUCAUGAAUAUGUACAUUUACGUAGAUAUCAUGUCCAUGUGCAGCUAAUGGGUGAAAAGACUAACUUAUAUUUUUUUGGUGUGCAGGGAGGUUGAUUAUCGGGUACUGUGCUGGUGAAAUUUCCUGUUUGAUCAUCUUACAAUGCUCCGCUUGUGCUCCCCUUCAUCUCCACCUGGCAUCCCCACUGCCACCCUAUGCCCUUUUGGUGGCUCAACGCUCAUUUACAAGCAGCCUGGCCAUGUGUUGUCUUAAAACCCACCUACCUCCCCAACAUCAUGCAUCAUUGUCUUGGAUAACAUUGACAAAAGGGUUGUCAUUGUCAUUGUCACAUACCUGCCAUUACCUUCCCCCGCCGACGCUACCACACCUUUCUGUGCCAAAUACAUCAUGUACACACACAUCAUGUAGUGUGUUAAGUAUAUGGUUGUCAUCUACAUAUAAUCCCAGCCCAGCAGCUGCAGGCUACCCUAAGCCGAGGUAACAAACCGGUUGUACAGGCUCCCACGGCCGGUCUACGUGCAAAGAAACGCAUGGAGGGCACGCGUGUGACGUGCUGAUUUUCGAGGCGUAGACUGGCGGCAGACUGGCCACAGAGGUUCUUUGUCAUGUCACACAAACUCUGCGGGCGCUUACUUUGUUUUCAGGUUGCAGUACAAACUUAUGCACUUCGUACAUCUUUGUGCGUCGUCCGUAUGGCCAAUGUGUGUCUUUCGUACGUUUUGCUGGUGUCAGGUUUGGGCAAAAUAUAAAUUUUUUCGAAUGUCGCGCUUGCCGACUCCUAUGUGUGUCGUGCGCCAGACGUGCACCCCACAUACGUAAUUUGUGUGGCCAACGCACGUUCAGAUAUUUUGUAUGUCCUCCAUGCAUGUCGAGAUCACCUUUGACCUUUAUGGUCACCACAACUAGGUUCUCCACAAACAAACAAAAAAACGCAGUGAUUUGGGGAAUGCCAAAAAUCGUACAACCAAAAAUAUUGUACGUCCGGUUGUGACCUAGGCUUUAGACGUAGCACUAACGUGCGUCACACAACUUGUUUUUUUAAGCCUGUUCUACACUUCACGAUUUUGGCUGUCUCAGAUAAAAAAGAUCAAUCAUGGGCAGUGUUUCCCACAGGACUGCAAUCUAUUUGUGGCGGCGUAAUGGCAUCAUCGUCUAAUUUGCAUACUUGGCCAUGACGCAUUGGCAUUAACUGUAAUGGAUGCUGUCAGACAAAGGAUGAAUGUAGGAGACAAAAAAUGAGUAAAGAAAACAUGAAAAGCACAACAAAUAUGUUGUGAACUACAAAUUAACUUUCUUCUGUCGCUUCUUUUUGGGUUGCCAGUGAGUGCUCUGAUUGGGGAGAGGCCCACAGCAUCACCGGCUGAGAAGAGCGAUACGUGCUUUCAUGUCAAGAGUCUCUGUUAGAAAACCUGCAAUUUUUACAUGUGUAUAUCUUUUUUUAUUGAUAAUGUUUUUCGUCAAGCAUUAAGAUUUAGCAUUUUGUUUGGCGGUCAUUGAAAGCAUAACAGUUAAGUCCAAUGAGAAACAAAAGCAGUCCCUAUGACUAACAUUUUCCGACGCUGCCACAGCCAAAUAAUUCCACCAAAUAGAAGACAAAUGUCUGUUCUUUAACUUGAACACACACAUAUAACAGGAGAUUCAGAGCCUCUCUGUUUUAGUCUCAAUAAGUCUCUUCACUGGAUUUGUUGCUUGUAGCUUUUUCAAAAAAGAGGGGACUGAGUAUUCGCUAAAUACAAAGACAGUGUCGCUAAGUUGGUAACACUGAUCCCUCCUGCUACGUCUUCUUAUUUUUUGGCAGACCAGGUGCUUAUGAGAUUUGUUAACAAGCGGAGUUACACACAGUCUCGUUAUAGUGUGUUGAUUAGCGAGGGCAAACAGGUAGCGCCAAAUUUAUUUGUGGCAGGCCGUCACGAAUAAAUGAAUGUAUGGGAAACACUGAUGAAAAAAAUGGUCAAAAACGAUGACUGUAUAGCUCAUAAUGCAAGAGCAAUAUAGGCAAAAAAAAGAAUCUAUGAGGGACUCAAAAGAGAAGUGCACUGUUGUCAUGUUAGCUGGAUAAAGAAUGCUAACUGUUUAUGUAAACUUGCAUUAACAACCGGACUCACCUCCAGCAGUUUGUAACACUGGCAUCCCAAAUUGUGAACACAAUGUCCUAUUCCUCCGUUUAUUCUGAUAAGACUGCAAAAAUGCUACAGUGUACAACAGGCCUUAGACAAUCCAAGCGGUGUCAAGACACUUUCCUCAUGACCUGCUUUACUGACUGAGGAACCAGGAGAGCAUGCACAUGCUUCUAGCCACUACAAGCAACGUAAUACCAAUGCAUAAGGGCUCUCUCUAGAUUUCACACUGUAAAAUGCAAAUCUUCAUGCAAAUCACACUUUACAAAUGUAAAGCUAAAGGCUGCCAAUAUUCUAAUAUUCAUGAUGGCUUCAGCAACGGCCUGUUUGUUCCAAAGCAUGACAUAUUACAGUAUUUAUAGAGGACACAUAUGCAAGGGAUCAUUUUACUGCCAACAUAACUCAGACUAGAGCGGAUAAAGUACUUAUGUUGGAAUGUUCAUAUUUACAGCAUUAGGAUCAUUGUGUGUUCUUUCAUCUUGAUACAAGAAACACACCAACCGUUCAUUGAUGCUGUGUUAUUUGUUUUUUUGGGUAACAACAGAGUUAUGGAGGUUUUGAAGAAUAGGCUCGGUGAGGCUUUGAUUACACAGGCGGUAGGAUCGAUACAUUGUGGAGCUGGGUGAUUUCUUUCUAGGAAGAAGUAAUUGGAACCAAACAUAACUGCGUUAAUGAGGUGGAGAGAAUGAGUCGCUGUGCUGCCUUUAUUUCAGCCUUUGAACCAUACACUUAAGUUGUAUCUGUUGCUGAGCAUUACAAUACAAAUGUUCAAAUGUCGUAAUCAUACUGUUGGUUGCAUCAGUGCUUUUCUGCCUUGGUUUCUGGGAUCAAGAUUGCUUUUUUCUCACACGUGGAAGACAAGAAGUAAGCCUGUGGUUCACUGAUUUGACGGACUGAUGAAUUAUUUUGACUGAACUGGCUUGCACUGCAAAUGUUUACAAAUGUGUGUAUGUUCAAUUGCAGGUUCUUAGACACCAGAUUGCUGCACUUAAGCAUAUCAGGACAUUCAGGCAAGAUGCCGCUGCUGUAUCUAUAUCAAGUAUAGACACAAACCAAGUCUGAGUUGUGAAGCGCUCUCUCACACACGCAAAUUAUACACUUCAGUACCCCCAGUCAGUGUACAUCAGCCAAACAACUCAUGCCGAUUUGACACCAAAAGGCCAUCAGCAAAACCGAUUCUGCGUAUUCUAAAGUGUUUUUGUGUAAAGAUUAUAGGUGAUGGAACUCUUCAGGGAUAGCCACACCUGGUAAAGACAGUGUUGGCAACACAUAUUCUCUCUCUCAAUGAUGCAUACACCUUCAGUGCUAAUAACGCUGAAAACGAGCGUGUUUGUUGACACGAGGUGGCAUUACAUUCUUAAUGGCUGUGAUUUAACCCACUCUGUUAAAUGGAGGCUAAAUACAAUUUGAAGGGGUGUGCCUUGCUUUCCAAAAUGAUAAAUGGUUUCGGAAUACAGUGCCAGACGACAUAUUGUGGCUUGUGACGUUGUAUCAAUAGGAUGAAUAAUUCCUUCCUAAGAAAUACUUAGAUAUAACCGAACAAAGUUUUGAGUGUAUUAACAUUCAAUUAUCCACAUACAAACACACUCGGCUAUUUUAUUUUUCUUUUGUUUUACUUUUCUUAGUAGAUUGUUAAAGUUGGUCAGGACUUCCUGUGCAAUAUGCUUUAUAACUAUACCAGUAAUAAAUCUGAGACAAUUCGACUUCACUGGCAGCAUGUCUCUGUGUGAAAAAUCCAACCUCCCUCACUUUACUCCAAACGACUUUAAUAGUGCAACCCAGCAAUGUGUCUGACAUCCACCAGCUCAGUAAUGUCAUCAUGGAAGAGUGGAGGAGGAGUCCACUAACACCCCGUGCGGCUCUGGUGAAUUUCAUGCCCAAGAGGAUUAAGGCAUUGCACAUAAUGAUGCUCACACUAAAUAUUGACACUUUGGACCCAGUUUGGACAUGUUCACUUUGGUUGAGCUUCGGUUUGAACCCAGAACCACCAAAGCCUUGUGUCUUGCGGACAACACCCCCUAAUACAGUGUUCCUUGUUUAUCGCGGGGUAUAUGUUCCUAAAAUAGCCCGCAAUAAGUGAAAUUGGUGAUGUAGCCAACUUCAUUUUUUUUAUAAUUAUGUAUGUAUUAAUGCCGUAGAACCCCUCACCAUACACUUUAUACAGUUUUCUCAGACGGGCAAUAACAUUUUCUCACAUGUCUCUCUUGUGGAAACACUCUCCAAAAAGUUCAAACCUUCGUUUGAAUUUGAAUGACCAAGUCACUCACGCAUUUCACUCCUGUGACCGUGCCUUUUCGUCCUGGCGCCGUUUUGCUGUACUGUUCAUAUUGCUGCAGUACCCCUGUUGCAGUCCUCCUCUUUCUAACCGAAGAUUCAUUUACAAGCUACCAAGCUAGCUAUGACACAGGAGGAGGAAGGAGAUUGAUUGACAAUGGUCUACAGCCAAUCAGGACGCAGAAAACAAAGGGCGGUUCAGACAGACAGAGAGGGACGAGAGAGAGAGAAAGAGAGACACUGAACUUCCCACAAUGUCAUUUUUCUUAAAAGUCCAGGAUUGCCCUGUAACAGCCUUCAUAAGCUGUAAUAAAAAAUAAAGAAGCACAAAAAAAAAAUUCAGCGAAACAGUGACUCCGCAAAAUGUGAAUGGCGAUAGUGUAAGGGAACACUGUACACCAGUGGUCCCCAACCCCCAGGCCACGGCCUGGUCCCGGUGGAUCAUUUGGUACCGAGCCGCACACAAAGAAAAAAUAAUUUCCAUUAUUUCAUUAUUUUUGGUUUUAUUUUGAAAAGUGGCCGGAUUCUCUCUGUUACAUCCGUCUCACUGUCCAGUUCUGCGUGUGCUAACUUUAUCUCAUGCCACACAGAUAGACUACUACUGUAUUUUUACCAUUUUUCUUUCACCUCAUAUUUGGUCUCAAAUGCUGAAACUAUGUGGGAAUGCAUAAAGGUGAGGAUCUGCGUCGCCCGAAGUCAGCUGGGAUAGGCUCCAGCAUGCCCCCGCGACCCUAAUGAGGAUGAAGCGGUAUAGAAAAUGGAUGGAUGGAGGUGACAGGUACAAUACCUGCAAAGGUCACGUAAAUGCACCACGCCACGACCACCAUGUGUGCGUGGAUCUCCAGGUCUGCAAAGACGGUCAGAUCCACUAAAGGAGCAUCCAAAGCGCGACGGGACCACAUCAAUCACGAGAUCAGGAAUAUGAGAGCUCUGCUACCCAUUCCCCAGGAGGACCAGGAGCGCCUCUCCUACCUGCACUCCAUGUCUGCCAUCUGCACCUACAUCAGGAAGUCGGUUCUCUUCAAGGGGAUCCCCACCGGUGAGGGCUGCUCUCUGCCAUAUGAGGCCUUUCUUCAAGCCCUGCACGGCUUCAUCCUAGUCACUACUGUCCAAGGGAGGCUGGUCUAUGUGUCUGAAAAUGUAGCAGAAUACCUCGGCCUUUCCAUGGCAGAUGUGCUUCAAGGAGACAGCAUAUACGACAUGGUGGAACGCUCUGACGUCAAUGCUGUUGAGUCCACUCUUAAAGGAUACAGUGAACGGCGCUCGUCAUCAGAGAGGAGCUUCAUAUGUUGUAUGCAGACCUCCAGGGCCUUCAGACAGCAGCAUGGCAGCUGCUCCAUGCUGGUCAGAGGCAGCUUCCAGUCCUUCCAUCAGCCAUUCUCUACAGUCCAUCCCACCAGCGAGCCCCUCUUUGUGGCCCUGUGCAGCCCCACGGUGGACCGCCUCAGGGACACGGAGUACCACUUGUGUCCCUGCUUCAACAGCAUCCACCGCCUUGACAUGAGCUUCACUCUGCUCUCACACAGUGUUUUAUAUUUUUUGGGCUGCUCAGCAGAAGAAAUGGUCGGGCGAUCAUGGUACAGUCUAAUCCACCCUGAAGAUCUUUCUUCAAGCGUGAGUGACCACAGAAAGAUACUUCAAGCCGAGGAGGGCCUCCAGGUGAGGAUGGUGCUGAGACUUCAAUGCAAAGAUCUGUCAUGGACCUGGUGCUACAUUUGUGCUAACAAAGACUCCGACAGCCAGGCCACUUACAUCUGCUGCACUAACUUCAUCAUUAGCGAAACAGAGGCCAGAUUUCUGCAGAAGACAAUCAGCAAUGAUGCACCGAGCCUAUCCUCGUCACCGUCAUCAGUGGAAGCUCAGCAGGCUGAGAGUUACACCUCCAGAGGCUGUAAGAGGCAGAGGAUGUCUAACAGUCAGAGUGAGGAAACAGCUUCCAGAGCCAGGAUGAAGUCUGAUGAAGACGUCCGCUAUACAGUACACGCCUCUUCCCAAGGCAAUAGCUCAGCUCUUGCUUUGGGGGGCAGCCCUGCUCUCUUCACUCCUCCCUACAGCCCUGCCUCCUCCAGCUCCCCUGUGCAGCAAGAGGCGCACAGCCGUGACCUCCUGAUAGAUAUGCACGGAUACGCGGAUCAGCUGCUGUCCUCCCCGGAGGCUUCUCCCUCCUACUACUCGUACUCGGAAGCCGCACUCACCUGUCACCUUUCACCCCACGACUCCCUGCCCCCGCAGCACACUUUUGAGCAGGGAGUCUUCGCCACGCUCGAUCCCCAGUCUCCGCACUCGCCAUCAUCUCCAAUGUAUGAUUUCCCAGCGUGUGCAUCUGAUGCCAGAUUAGUUCCAGAUGGCUUCUCGGUGUCUGACAUGAGUGAGAGCUCAGUGGACUGUGCCCUGCAUCAAGAUGACUUCAGCCUUCUGGAGCAGCCACAAGAGGGCAGCCUUCACCAAGCGCACCAUGUUCCCCAGUACGGUAUGCAGUCAGCUCUUCCCACACCCAAUCAGUCCCCUCCAUCUAUAAUGUCUGACCAGUACAACGAGAGCGAGCAGGCAGAGAUCAGCAUUCUGGCUCAGCAGAUCUCCUCCUUGGCUUGCAGUUUUGACAUGUUUGGCCCUGUGAAUCCUCUCCAAAGUGUCCAAACUGUGCCCCUCCAAGACUGCAUGCCCUCUUCCUCAUCAUAUGACUGGCCUCUCGCCUCUGGCCUCCACGCUAAACGUGAACUUCUGAACGAUGGCAUGUUAGACAGCCUCCUCAAGGACCUGGACAUGGGUCCGACCUUCCCAGAGAACACUCUGCCGACGGGUGGCGUUGCCUUAGAUCCCUUCACUUUGCAGUUGGGAUGCCAUGACCAAAACACUGAGUUGCAUCAACUCAACCACUUUAUGCAAAGUGGCCUUCAGCAAGACAGGCUUGCUGAGGAAAACCUGUGUUGAAACAAGUCUGUGACUUACGGCGCUCUCCUUUGUAUGACAUAUUGUCAGGAAAAUUGGCCCUCGCCAGAUUGAAAGAACAAGAGUACGAGCAAAGAUAUUUAAAGGACAUCUUGUACUUAAAGACUAUGUCUCCCCAGUGUACAGCUCUGAAUUUUAACUAACUCCACAGUUAAGCUUUGUCUUCAUUUUUGCAAAAUGCUGCCAUCUUUCUCUUUUUUUCCCUGCUGAUAUUUUGUUUUAUGUCUGACUACCAUUUCACGUCACAAUGGAAAUCUUUAGUUGUACUGAGCAGCCACAUCUCACCGUUCAGCACUUUAUCGCUUUCAGUAGCACCAGAAUGUUCCAUAGCUUUCCAAACUGAUGUGAGCCACACUAUAUAAAGCAGGGGUGCCCAAAGCACGGGCCCGGGGGCCAUUUCCGACUCACAGCUCAUUUUUUAUUGUACUGUAAAUGUACAAUUACUGAAAAAGGAGCACAGAAGGAGAAAAAGCAUUCUUGAUGCUAAUAACGCCAAACUGAUAUGCAGGCUGUUUUUCUUUACAUAUUGGGUUGGUUUCAGCCUUUUUUACAAAACGAAAAACAUCAAAGUGUCCCCAAUAUGCAGCCCUGGUGGAAAAAAGACACCCCUCGCAUAUAGCAUCUAAUGUCAUUAUAGUCCUGUGCCUUGAAAACUAUAGGGACCUUUUCUGUCACUUGUUUUCUUUCUCAGCUGCGAUGAAAAACAGUGAUUGUUUCCUCAACCUACCUCAGUGGUACAUCUCUCAAUACAUUCCUAUUCUGAAUUGAAAUAAUUGUACAAUAUUUAUUUUGACUUCAACCAAUAAUUAUGAAAGAUAUUUUUGUAUUACAUUCCAAAACAUGAAAUUCUGCCUAUUGUUGUAUGCGUGUCUGAAAUGGUACAAUGAAUGAUCACUGCUUUGUGGCAUCAGCUUUUUCCACAUACUGUAUUUGAAAUGUAAAUAAAGCACAUUAAAACACA